GCCGCCAGGUGUCAGUAAAGAGCUGAGAAACUCGCUUAUGUUACAAGAAGAAGCUCUGUGUCCUUCACAACAGGAAACAUGGCUACAGCCACUAAAAUCAUCCAGAGGCUCCGAAAUUUCCUAUCAGGGCAUGACCUGCAAGCCAAACUGCAGCUGCGGUAUGAGGAGAUAGCAAAGAGGACGCAGCCUCCACCCAAACUGCCAGUUGGCCCGAGCCACAAGUUUGCCGGUAACUACUACUACACCAGGGACGGACGCAGAGAGUCAGUACCCGCCACAGUCAUCAUGUCUUCACAGAAGGCGCUCACUGCUGGCAGCCAAGCUGAAGUCCCAGCAAAGCCUCCUGUGACCCCAGGUGCCGUAUAUAAGGCUCCAUCUCUCUCCACAGACCAGCCGUACCUCUGAGCAGCACGGCACCAUCCUUUCUACAUCAACAACCUCAUUUCUUCCUUCAAAACUGCUGCAGAGACUUACCUGCAGUGUAUGUUGGUUGUAUCUUGUACAAUAGAAAGUGUGAAUAAAAUGUGUUAUAUGUUAAA